CGUUUCAUAUCAUCAAUAAUUACGCGAAUAGGAAACAUUUUUCUAGAUUAGGAAUAGGAAACAUUUUUCUAGAAACUGAACGCAAAUCAUCAAUUAAACAAUGUGGAUUAGCUGAUUCAAACGUUUCCCAUCAAUCAGUUGCGGAAUUGAAACCGAAUAAGACGGCUCUACAAUGUGGUCUAGAAUCUCAGCUCUUGGUGUCUUUUUCCUAUAUGCUGUGUUCACUGGAAGUGCCACGACGUUAGAGUGCUACCAGUGUCAAAGUGUAGCGGAUUGCAAUGGAUCGCUGAAGAAUAACAUCGUGCAGUGUAAUCCGGACUACGCCUCGACUACGAUGCAGAGCAUGCUGCAAAUUUAUCCGACUUUGGAUACCGUGAUCUCACCGUCGAAUAAGUAUGAUUGUGUCGCGGUUGAUUUGAAACUACAAGGACAAACGGUUGAGACAUAUAUGAUCAGGGGUUGCCUGUACUCUGCUAGUAAAAUCUGUGGCCAGCCGACGAUUUCAUUUUCCGGUCAGUUAAAGUGUCAGCAAUGUGAUCAGGACGGGUGUAAUGGAGCUGCCGCAUUGGCGUGGAGCAUUUUUCUGCUCAUUGGAGGAUGGAUUGUUACCAGGAUGUUUCAAUAAUUGA